AGGGGUUGCGUGUUGCAAGACAGACGACACAGAGACAUAGCUAACUAGCUAGCAGUGUUGUUAUAGCGCUUUUGUAAGUGAAGUUCGUGGUUUAAAUAGUUUUGUUCGAUAUGAAGAUGUUUAACUGAGAGUUUUUCGAGAAUGCAUACUUGUUGGAACACUUCAAAAUGGAUAAGUAGCAGAACAAGUGUGAAAAUGUAGCUAGCUAAGCUAACUGGGCAGCUUAUUACGAACUAAACUCAACUGGACUUUUACAAGAACAAAUGUUCUAACUUUUUGGGGAAAGUUACAAACUUGCUUUAUCAUUUCACAUUUAUAUAUUUGAGCAAACAAACGAAAGUACUCUCAAGUAACUUGAGGCUUAUUCAAGAUUUAACUUUGUAUUUUUGUUUUUGCCAAGUUUGUUAACUGGAAGAGUUGCACUGUGGCAAUCAACAUCAUGUCGACAGUAUCAUCAGCAACCAACUCAACCCAACAGCAGCAACAGCGGGUCAAGCGAAGCGGUGACGGCGGCGGCUCCCCAACCAUCUCUCCAGCCGGCUGCAGCAACGGCAACACCACCACGAUCCGGUUGCAGCCUAUUCGUGCCACCGUGCCAUACCAGCUCUUGCGUGGAGGUCAGCACAGCCCAACCCGCUCCUGCUCCUCUUCCUUCACAGUCGCGAGCAAUACAGGACCGACAUCGACGUCCCCUUUCAACAGUCCCUCCAGCCCGACGCAGCUGCUGCUCGCGAACCCGGGUGGAAACGGCUCGGUGGAGGGCAGGCUGGUCGCAAGGCAGAUACGCUCGCCGCCGGACAGCAGGAGUUCACCUGAGCGAUGUCCGAACUCGCCUGUUUUCAAAGUAGAGAGGUCCAAGCCCCAGCAGCAGGUGCGUAACUCGGGAGCCAUCCGGCGGACUUCUUCCCUGGGUACCAUCACCGGCCCCUACCUCACCGGCCAUUGGCCUCGCGACCACCAUGUGCACUACCCCUCGUUCAUGAAAGAUAAAUCCACUCAGACACCUGGAUGUUGGAGUGAAGAAGCAGGAGAGAGGAGGAGCACACAUCAGCGCUCGGCGUCUUGGGGCAGCGCCGACCAGCUCAAAGAGCAGAUAGCCAAGCUCAGGCAGCAGCUGCGUGGCAGCAGUAAGCAGCAGCAGGGAGGUCGUCAGUCUCAGUGUCAAAGAGACAAAGACAGCCUGUCCCCUUUACAGGGACCUAUCAACACCAUCAACACCACGGCCAACCAAGCACAGUGGUCCUGCAUGUCUAAGUCAUCUCAGAUGUCCAACAUGACGGUACCCAAGCCCUCCAUCACCAGAGUGCCCAGCAGCAUGGAGGGAAUCAACCACGAGCUGGAGAAGGUCUUCAUCAGAGACAACAACGGAGAGAAGGAAGAGCUCAAGGUGUUGGAGGUACCAGACGGACGGCGAGCCCCCUUUCCCCCCCAGCAGCGUAGCAGUAGUACCCGUAGCGUGGACACACAGACCCCCUCUGCCCCCGGCCGCUCCAGCAGUAGUUCCAGCCUGUCCCCCUGUCCCUCUCCCGCCUGCCCCCCGGGGUCCGGCUCACACGGGGGGAGCCCUUACUCCACCGACGAUCUGCUCUACGACAGGGAUAAAGACAGUGGCAGUAGCUCUCCGCUGCCUAAGUUUGCCUCGUCUCCUAAACCCAACAACAGCUACAUGUUCAAGAGAGAACCCCCAGAGGGCUGUGAGAAGAUCAAGGUGUUUGAGGAAAUUAGCUCCAGGCAGUCAGCGUCCGUCCCUCUCUUCUCCUGCCCCGACAAGAACAAGGUCAACUUCAUCUCCACCGGCUCCGCCUUCUUCCCCGUCAGACUGACCCCCGGUGCCCAGCACCUCUCUGUGACCUCUCACCCCGACGACGACCCCGAGGCCGGCCCCAGCUCAAUGAUGUCAGCAUUCUGCCGCGUCCUCCCCUCUCAGGUCCACACCUCCACCAGCACAGAUGAUGCUCCCACCCCUGAGGAGGCUGCCCCUGCAAUGCCCACCUCCCCCCAGCAGGGGGAGACACCAGAGACUGCCCUCCAGACAGACAGCCUGGCCAUCAGCUAGACCUGGGCAGAGCUGGCCUCUGUCACAUGGUUCUGGUUCUUAUUGUUAUUAAUAAUAUUAUUAUUACGCCCCCACUAUCAUCAUCAUCAUCACAGUCCGGUCUCCUUCACUAAAGGACCUCCCCCUCCUCUUCUCUCUGUCUCUACUGAACUCUACACACUGCAUGGCGUAGCGCUAGCAACAAUGUACCUGACGACAACAACAACAACAACAACAACAACAAACAACUGAGAAAACAAAGACAAGUGUCCCACAUGUUCCUAGCUUAUUCCUAAAGCACUGUUCCUGUCAGGGAUAGACAUGAUGAUCUUUAACAGCACGUAAUAAGUAGAGAUAUUGGACGCUGGCAUUGGAUGGAUGGGAAGAAUAUUAGACACUUUGGAUAAGGGGCAUGCAUUUUAAACUUGUAGUGUGUUUAAGAUUAAAGACAUGCUCCGGUACUUUGCAGACUAAAAUUAUUUUUUCAACCUCCCGCUUUGGGCUGGAUGUGUCAAUAUGUAGUUCAUACAUGCAUAAUCUAUGAGCAGCAUUACUGUCUUACCUCAAUUAGCCACGAAAUUCCUAGUUUGAAAGCCACUGUUUUCUUGAAACUGUGCCGCGCCAUUUUCUCUACAUUUCCCCCUACAUAGGCCAGCCAGCCCCCUAGCAAUUCGAGUUCUAGCCAAUGAGCUUCAGCCCCUCGCAUUUGAAUGACAGCUAGCAGGAGGCCUGCCCAGCGUUAUCCAAUGAGGUUGCAGGGUGGGCCUUUCGGGGACUACUUUUGGCUCAUGAGUGCUACUUUCAGAAAUACUGGCUAAAAAGUAUACAAAAGUACCAGAGAAUCUCUUUAACUUAUGUGUUAUUGUGUUCUGUUUUGACAUUCUCCACAGUAUGAAUAAGCUCUAUACACCAUAUUACACAUAUUAUAUAUCUUAGGAAAAGAAAGAAAAGAAAAAAACAACGCUUGUUUAAUUAGAAAACGGUGUAUUGCUGUGUUAUGUUAUGUACAGUAACAGAAAGGAGAAAGAAGAAUAUUCAGGAUUUAUGUUUACACAAUCCAGGUUAUGUUUCCAAACCUUUGAAACAUGCAAAGAAUAAUCAAAAAAGUGGGGAAAAAGACAUGGACAUAAAGAAGAAAAUUCAAAAUGGCCACAACAAUCUGUUGCACAGUGUCCAUUGCGUCUGGCCUUGCUUCAGGUAUAUAUCACAAACGGAGUCUAAACUCAGGAAAUUUGGAAUGUAUGCCCAUAUUCCAUGACACAGAUUGACUCAGCUCAGACUACAUUUCCUCGUUGAAGCAGAAGAGAUCGCUCUAUUUCCUUUGCUUUCUCUCAUUCCAGAUUCCAUUCCAGAAAUUCUGAACCUUUUAUUCCCCCUAGACAUUCCAUGGUGUUAUGAUGUGCUGUCCCAAGACGUGACCUGUGCUUGGCUGUCAUGAGAGGGCAGAGGUUAGAGGUUAAAGGUUGACUGUGUUAGGCGUCUUGAUUGUCUUUAUGAGUGACAGACCAGGCCCAGUGUGAGAGAUAACGGCUGUGCAAAGUCUAUAAUGGCUAUGACUGUCAACGCCUGACAGUUCUGUGUGGUCGGACUCUCUGCAGCCGUUGUGCUGUGGUCAAGGUCAGGUAGCAACUUCAGUGUUCAACUUCAGGUCAGUCUAGGUUGACUGGUCCUAGUCAAGUCAUGGCCUGCAGUAACAUCACAUAAAAUAAGCAUUUGGUUGGUUACAUUCAGGUGUCCAGUCUGAGACCGUUUAAAUAUCACAUAGACAACAUAAUUAUGCUUUACUAUUAAUUCAUAAGACAUUCCAUGAGAUUCUAGCUGGUUAGGGGUUGAGAAGAUUCAUCAAGUCAUGUCCAAACGUUAAUCUUUAGGCCCUCCGGUGUGCUGGGUUUGAGGUUUGAUUAGAGAGGAGAUAGUUGGUUUAUUACACCUGCAGAAUUGGUAGAUGUUUCAUCUUUGGAUUUCAAAGAAAAUGGAUAAACUGUCCUGAUCCCUAUCCAAUCCAUGUCUUUCUGAAGUUUAGUGCUUUACAAUGUCAUGAGUAAUUAUUGGCAUCAUCUUCAUCAAAGGAAGAAAUUCUCCUAUCAGCGUCCCAUAUUUGAUUCUGUGCACAAUAAUUCCCUUUGCAGAUUUGUCUGUAACAUCAUUAUUGCAUGGAACACAACAACACACCCACCUUGACAUUCAAGUCAAAAGAUAAACCAUAAUCAGAAACAUUAUUUAUUUUGAUAUGCUAAUGUGUGCUUGUGGAAUUCCUGUCUGCAUUGAUACUCUUGUUCAUCUUGUUAGAUAUACUAUAUGGCUUUAAAAAAUAUCAAUGCAAUGUUGAUGUUGUUUUUAAUAAUUUAGCACCACAUUAUCAUGUGAUAUAGCUUAUCCAAUGACUAACAUACAUUAACUAUGUGGCAUUGGUUAACUAGAUGUGUGCAAUAAUAGACAAGGUGUUGGUGUCCGUUGGGUCAGAUAUGUUUCGCUUCUUCUUCGCCUCUCCAUUUCCUCUCUCUCAUUCCUUUGGUUUGGAGUAUAGAGCCAAAUCAGCACUUAAGCCAGAUUCACACUAUAGGACCAUACUGUGCUGGCUUGGAUAUUUUAUUUUCCAACACGGUUCCAGCAACUAUGGUGGCUCGGCCCGGUAUGUCUCAGUAGUGUGAAAAGCCUAACAGCCUGUUGAGAAAGCCAUUAAUCGACACAUAAACCAGCACUUGAUAUGAUGUCACCAGAGCACAUAGCUAUUGGCUAGCAGGUCAUCAGUGUUCAUCAGCUCACCCAAUCAGCUCGCUCCUCAUCGGACCUGUGGGGCCAAAGGUCAUGCACAAACACAAUAAAAUGAUUGGUUGUUGUUUUGA